CAGAGGCCACUCCACUCACUUCAUAAUUCAUUUCUUCUCCUCCUCCUCCUCCUCCUCCUCCUCCUCCUUUCUCCCUCUCUUAGCUUCCUUCUCCCACCAUGACUUCUUCAAAAGACUGCGGCAACCAUGGGCACAAGCACCAAAAGCUGAGGCGAUGCUUCGCCGGAUUGCUUAUCUUCUUCUUCAUCGUCCUCCUCGUCGUACUCCUGGUGUGGGCAAUCCUCCAGCCCAAGGACCCACGCUUCGUCCUCCAAGACGCCACCAUCUACGCCCUCAACGUCUCCAACCCGAAUAUCCUCACCGUCAACAUCCAAGUCACCAUCACCACCCGCAACCCCAACGACAAGAUCGGCAUCUACUAUGAGAAACUCGACACCUACGCCACCUACCGCGGCCAGCAGAUUACCCUCGCGUACCUCAUCCCCCCCACCUACCAGGGCCACAAGGAGAUCAUCACCUGGUCACCUUUUCUCUCCGGCACGGCCGUACCCGUGGCUCCCUACAACGCCAUUGCACUGAAUCAGGACCAGUCGUACGGCGCCCUCACCUUGAUCAUCAAGAUUGAUGGACGGGUGAAAUGGAAAGUUGGUUCCUUCACAUCAGGCCGUUAUCAUCUUAACGUCAAGUGUGUGGCGCCUAUUACUUUCGGGGCCAGGAGCAGCGGUGUUGUUAUCGGUAACGCCGUUAAGUACCAGAUGGCUUCCACUUGCAGCGUCAGCGUUUGAGCUUCUUCACGCCGUUAGUAUUAUUUCUCUCCCUUUGUCCUCUUCUUAUUCCUUUUUUUUUUUUUCCUUGUUUUAAUUCUGUUUCUCUCCCUUGAGUCUCUAGUCAUACGUCUUUUGAAUUGUACAUUUUGCUAAGAAUAAAAGGGGAAAAAAAAUGGAAAGCAAAAUUGCAAUGUUAUUGUAUAACCGUGCUAUUGUAAGAUUAUGAAUUGUGCAAUAAUUAUUUCCAAGGGGUGGAGGGUGUGCUGUCCCUUUCUAUCA